CCUAGCAACAUCAAAACAAAAAUACUCUCAGUAAUUUGGGAGGGACUUGCGUUGAUAUUUCAGAACACCACAAGGCUAGCCGUUUUUUCUGUUUUUAAAUAUAUAUUGCCAAGACGUUUCGCCGGCGGAAAGCUCUAUUUCAGGUUGCACGGAAGCGGCGGAGACGGAAACGCAGCAAAGUGUAGCUCGUAAAAUUGUUACCUUAAGCGCGUUAAUCCAGUGCAUCGCGGCUCAGGGCCAAACGCAAAUAUCAUGUUUAAAAACACAUUCCAAAGUGGAUUUCUUUCUAUAUUAUACAGCAUAGGUAGCAAACCUCUUCAGAUAUGGGAUAAAAAGGUGAGGAACGGUCACAUCAAGCGAAUUACUGAUAAUGACAUUCACUCGCUGGUGUUGGAGGUGGAAGGGACAAAUGUAAGUACUACCUAUAUAACUUGCCCAGCUGACCCAAAGAAAACAUUGGGCAUCAAGUUGCCGUUCCUCGUGAUGAUCAUCAAAAACUUAAAGAAGUAUUUCACCUUCGAAGUCCAGGUGUUAGAUGAUAAAAACGUACGUCGGCGAUUUCGGGCAAGUAAUUACCAAAGUACGACGCGAGUGAAACCGUUCAUCUGCACCAUGCCGAUGAGGCUCGAUGAUGGCUGGAACCAGAUUCAGUUUAACCUGUCAGACUUUACCAGGAGAGCCUACGGAACCAAUUAUAUUGAGACACUGCGUGUGCAGAUUCAUGCGAACUGCCGUAUUAGGAGGGUGUAUUUCUCAGACAGACUCUACUCUGAGGAUGAGCUCCCAGCAGAGUUUAAACUUUAUGUUCCUGUCCAGAGCCAGAAGCCCAAGCAGUAGAGGUCUUGAACAAACAUGUACAAUUUCUCUCGACCUAAUGUACGUUUGAGCUGGAUGAUUUUGUUUAUGUGUGUGUAGUCUUAAUAUCUAUAUUGUGCUGUUUGUAUCAAAAAACCUUUUUCCUAUUUUUAAUAAAGAAGAAACAAAA